AUGACCGUUGUCUUGGGUAAGUUGGUUGGUGAUGGACUACUGGCAUUGUUGGGGGUUGCUGGGAAUGCAUUCAUCCUCGGCAGUAAUGCCUGGCAUUUUUCUAGAGUGAAAAGGGGAGGGGAGAAGCAGGGUUCCCACCUUGCUGGAGAAAUUACAAUCACAUGCAUCGCAGUUGCCAACUUGCUCCUGGAUCUGUCUGGCUUCCUGUGGUUUGUGACGAAGGUCUUGCACUUGGACUGCCUGAUUGGGAACGCAGGGUACACGUGUAUAACGUACACUUUAAUGGUCACGGGGGCAUGCAGCUUUUGGUUCACUACCUGCCUAUGUGUCUUUUAUCUGGUGAAGAUUAUCAGCGUUCCCAAUGCCUUCUUCAUCAGACUGAAGCGGAAUAUCUCAGUCCUGACUUUCACCUUUCUACUCAUCAGUUUCAUCUUCAGCUGUGUCUUAAGCAUACCUAACAUUUUGUCUAUUCAGUUCUACCAAACAAACAUCUCGGAGGCCAACGGGAAUCUUUCACAGUCAGCCUGCGAUAUGAACAUCUCAAAUAAUAUCCCCAGCGGGAUUCUGAUCUUCAGUGGGGUCCUGUUGCUCUACCUGCCUGCAGUAAUCAUGGUUUACGCCUGUGUCCAGAUUGUGGGGUACCUGCGCCAUCACAUUAAGAGGAUGGAAAAAAAACGUGCUUCUGACAUACCUUUAUCUUCUUGCUCAUCUUCCCCAGCUCUGCAGGCCCAAAUCAGAAUCUCCAAAAUGAUCGCCUGCCUGGUCUUUAUCUACUUGCUCUGUGAUACUGUCCUCUUACUGGUCCUCUUGAGCAGAUUUAUAAGCAACAACGCUUUGUUUCAGGACUUUGGGGCUUUUGCUAUUUCUGUUUUUUCAGGGGGCAUAGCCUCCAUACUCAUUUUUGGAAAUUCCAACCUAAGGAGGAAUCUGAUGUCUGUCUGCUGUCCUGCCUCUAAGCCACUAAAAUACAACAGUGAGCAGUGUUUUAAAGUUCUCAUUAUGAAAUAG